UGACAUUUGCAAAACCCACCUGAGAUUUGUCUUAAAUAGUAGUUGCAUAGCUUCCCAAACUUUCCCCAAACUUGCCCUCCAAUUUCUUUUCCCCAACUUCUUGCUUGCAAUUAUUUUCCCACCUGGAUACCUAGUUACCUAGUUCCCUUUAAUUUGCGCAACAAAAAAAAAGACUAACCUAGAUGAGCAAUAUGGAAGCUUUCAACACCUCCAGAACCCUGCCCAUUUGCUACGCAACUACCUUCUCCAGCAGCAGCAGCAGCAGCAGCAGUGGCAGCAGUAGGGACAACAUCUGGGCACAUCACACAAUUGACACUAGUCCCUGGAUGGACAGCAGGAUCUGGAGUAGACUCCCUCAGCAACUCAUGGAUCGGGUGAUUGCCUUCCUCCCCCCACCCGCCUUCUUUCGUGCCCGAUCCGUCUGCAAGCGAUGGUAUGCUCUCUUAUUCUCCAAUACCUUCCUCCAACUAUACCUGCAGCUAUCCCCUCCCCACCACUGCUUCAUUUUCUUCAAGCACAAAACCCCCAACACCUACAUUUACAACACCAAACCCAAUCACUCCCAAUCGGGAUACCUCUUCGAUCCCUACCACCUUGCAUGGUACCGUCUCUCCUUCGCCUUCGUCCCCUCCGGCUUCUCCCCCGCGUCUUCCUCCGGCGGCCUAAUCUGCUGGGUCUCCGACGCCGCCGCUCCCAAAACCUUAAUCCUCUGCAACCCACUUGUGGGGUCCAUGACCCAACUGCCUCACACUGAACGCCCGCGGCUCUUCCCCUCCGUCGGCCUAGCCGUGGGGCCGUCGUCGAUCGACGUCGUCGUCACCGGAGACGACCUAACAUCCCCCUACGCAGUCAAGAACCUCACGACGGAGAGCUUUCACAUCGACGCGGAGGGGUUCUACUCGAUUUGGGGCACGACGUCGUCACUGCCGAGGCUGUGCGGGCUGGAGUCGGGUCGGAUGGUGUGUGCGGACGGGCGAUUCUACUGCAUGGACCACAGCCCGUUCAGCGUGCUGGCGUACGAGGUGGGGGCGAACCGGUGGUGCAAGAUCCAGGCGCCGAUGAGGCGGUUCCUGCGGUGGCCGAGCCUGGUGGAGAGCGGAGGGAGUGUGGUGCUGGUGGCGGCGGUGGAGAAGAGCAAACUCAACGUGCCUAGGAGCCUGAGGCUCUGGACCAUGCAGGGCGGCGCGUGGGCGGAGAUAGAGAGGAUGCCGCAGCAGCUGUACGUGGAGUUCGCGGAGGCGGAGGGGAACAGGGGGUUUGACUGCGUGGGGCACGGCGAGUUUAUUGUGAUUGUGAUUCGAGGAGGAGUAGGGGAGAAGGCGGCGGUGAUGUUUGAUGCCCGUAGGAAGAGGUGGGUUUGGAUUCCUGCGUGCCCUUUCAUGGAUAUGGAGAAAAACGUAAAUGGCGGAGACGGUGAGGAUGAACUACGGGGGUUUCCUUAUCAGCCGAGGUUGGCUACGCCGGUGACUGGGCUGCUUGAUCACUUGACGCUCCCCUUUCAGCCAUUUAGCGGGUAGUAGUGGCUAUCUCAGCUUGCUUUCAAUAGUUGAACGUGGAUUUGGGGAGUAAUUUGUAAUGGUUUGUAGGGCUGAAUUAGCAUGGAUCUAGUUAUUUAGUAGUGGGAAUGUAAUUUAAUGGAGCAUGCCAUGUCUACGUUAAAACUGUGUUACUAAUUAGCUUCGUUUCAGUGCUUCUCUUUAAAAUGUGAGAAAUUUUUUUUCUGAGGGAGCUUUUAUAUGAGUACAAAUUUCAGAGAUAUAUUAAUGGUUUCUAUUAAUGUUUA